AUGUUGGAGGUGGAAACAAGGAGUAUAUUAGCCAGCCACGGCGUCUUGGAGGUGUAUGAAGUAAUGAAAGAGCGAGCAUCCAUCAUUUUCACGACUGAGGUUGUUCAAAAUUACAUCAUCACUCUCCGAACUCUCAAAUUUUCUCUCGAGUUUCGAAUUUUUCGGAAAAUUCGAAAAAACAUCCUGUGUUGUGAAAUUACUUGUCAGUGA